AUGGCCCACUGUAAGAGGAUGCAGCCCAAGUAUAGCAGCCUGGGCAACAUCAGUUGCAUCACCCAGAUGGACCAGAGAGCUGUGAAGCACUUCCUGUCGAGGGGUCAGCUCUUUUUUAUGUUGAUGCUAGUCAGUGCUGAUGCCGGUAUGGCACUUCACGCCCGAACUUUCAAAAACGAUGAUCGCUACUCUGGUCUUUCGAUAGUGUGUGACCGCUGUCCACCUGGAACUUACCUCCGCGCGCCCUGCAGUGCCAUGCGAAAGAGCGACUGUGCGGAAUGUCCCAAUGGGGCAUACACUGAAUUUUGGAACCACAUCUCCAAGUGCCUGCGCUGCAGCAUGUGCGCCGAGAACCAGGUUGUCAAGCAGGAGUGUUCUCCAUCCAACAACUGCGAGUGCGAGUGCAAGGAGGGUUACUACUUCAACAAGAAAUACGAAGCAUGUAUCAAACAUAAAGAAUGUCCCCCCGGGUAUGGAGCGAAUACUACAGGUACACCACACCAAGAUACAGAAUGUGUGCAGUGUCAGGCCGGAUUCUAUUCUGAAGUUUCCUCCGCAAAAGCGACCUGUCUAGCGCAAUCAAACUGCAAAGUUGGUGGACUUCGCGUGGUUCUGAAAGGCCAGGACUGGCACAAUACACUGUGCGCCUCAUGCUAUGACCUCAAAACUCGUGAUGGAGCUGAAUAUCUGCAUGAAAUCCUUCCUACGUUCUUCAUUCAACUUCACCAGACGAUGGGAAUCAAAAGAAUGCGUCGGUUAGCAAUGAGGCUGCCACAAGAGGGAGGCAAGAAACCGCUCAUAGGAACGGUCAUGAAGCUUAAUAGAAGGGGUCUUCACGACUUUAUGAACAGUUGGGACCAAGGUGCAGGGAACGAUCAUGUUAGGAAACUUCCUGAGGUGUUGAGGAAGACAGGGGCCUUCAACAUGGGAGACAAACUAGAGCGUAAACUGGCAUAUAUCGACCAGCAAUCCAAACUCUGUGAAGAGUUAGUUGAAGUAGCCCAAAAUUAG